AUGGCAUUCUCCACCCAAGACUCGCCGCUCUCAAUAACCGCCUCCGUCUCCGGAAUCCUCACCUUCCUCGCCGCCAUCCUCGCCGCAGUCUACGUCCGCUUCACGUAUCUGAGGAACGCGGAUUCCGAGUACUUCCAAGUCAAGGCGAGUCUGAGCUGGUUUAAGACGGAGAGCACGUUUAUGCAUGACCUUGUUUCUACCUCUUCUUUGCACCAGGCUUUAGAAGAGAUGGAGGAUGGAAAAGAAAUGUACGCUUUCGUGGUUGAGCAGUUGGGAAAGUUGGAGGAGAGGUUACUGGAGUGUUUGGCCGAGGCCGAAGAAGGUGUUGAUCGGAAGCAAGAUCGAGAUGGGGAGAAGGGAGGAGAGGGAGGGGGGUGGACAAUUGUUCCGCGGAGUGUGAAGGGACGCACGGAUAUUGCGAUUAGUUGGUUGCCGGUCCGAAGGAGGGCGUUGGAACUGGUGAGGCAGAGGGAUGCGCUGGGGAGUCGGGUGCUUUUUGCGCAGAUGAGUAUGAUUAGUGAGAGAGUAAGAGAUCAGGAAGCUAAGUCGAGGGAGAGGGAGGAGAGACAGAGGGAUCGGUUGGAGAGGUUGGAGAAACUGGUUUAUGCGCAGCAUGAGAAAUUGGAUCGGCUGGAGGAUCUGGUGUAUAGGGUUAUGCACCGGGAUCGAGUCACCUCCAACCUCCCAGGACACGAGCAGAUAUCACCGCCCAGACGGUCAGAGACGGAAGCCACACUUUCAAACCCAGACGGAGAAGAGAGUGGCGAUCAAUCAUAUCCACAAACGAUGCAGAAAGAUAACGCCUCAGCAAACUUUUAUCCGAUUCCAAACAUAUGA